AUGGAUGAGGCUUCUAUUUACGCUCACAUUUGCUAUAGCGGAGAUCAUACAUGCUUGGGCACAGGUAACAAGGUCUCCAUAUGCUUGAGAUACACGGCGACUGACUGUUGGAAGCGAAUAUACAACUUUUGCACGACCAAGUCACCAGAGGACCGUUUGACAGACAAGCUGCUUAAAGCAUCAAGCUAUAGAGAGUGGUGGCAGGCAGCAGUAGCAUUGGACAAUCUUCCAUCUCGAUACAACUGGCGUAUCAACCCAAUCGAUAAUCUCUACGACUACAGACAUCUGGAUGAACGCCGCAGAGAACUCAGAGCGCUCCGCCGUAACGACAAGGCCAUCGAAGUGGCGAAUUACCUCCGCCAUGGCCUCUUACGGAAUCUCUUCAAUAUCACGAAAUUUCCCUUGUACAGCAAGUCCUACACCAGCACGAAAGAGAGUGUUGAAGGUUAUGUCGAGGAGAGUCUGGAAGCCAUCAGGUACAUUGUAGAAUCACAGGACGUAGCUGACGGGAAUGGCAUGGAUCGCAAUAUGAAGAUUCAAGUCUUGAGCGAUUCUCGGACGACUUUUGGAACUACCGCUCUCUUGCUGCAGGGCGGAUCGCUGUUUGGACUGUGCCAUUUGGGCGUUGUCAAGGCUCUGCUGGAGCAUGACCUUCUCCCCAAGGUGAUAGUGGGCACCGCUACUGGCGCUCUCAUGGCAGCUCUUGUCGGCAUACAUCCCCAGCACGAGCUGCAGAAGUUCCUUUCUGGAGAAUACGUGGAUCUAAGUGCUUUUGCAGAUUCUUCUCGCAAGGCACGGGAGAAGACAGAUGAGCAUAUUGAAUUGCUAGAGGACCCUCCACCAAAGACGAAAUUCCAUAACUGGUACAAUACGCUGGAGCGACGAAUGCUGAGGCUGUUCGAGAAGGGCUUCAUACUCGAUCCCGAAGUCCUCGCGGAGUGCGUGAAGGCCAACGUGGGCGAUCUUACGUUUGAGGAGGCACACGCGCGAACGGAUCGAGUGCUGAACAUCAUCAUCUCCUCGCCAAGCGAAGACGUUCCAAACCUCAUGAACUACCUCACUGCGCCGAACGUGCUCAUCAGAUCGGCUGCGUUGGCUUCACACAUAACGAACAUGGCAAGGCAUCGAGGGUCACCGAUCCAGCUCCUGUACAAAGACGUCAACGGGAUCAUUAGAACACUCGAGUCGGAUCCACAACGCACCAAAAUCCGCAGACCGCCUUCGGCAAUGGAUCGCAAGACCCCUGUGACGAGAUUGAAACAGCUCUUCAAUGUCGACCAUUUCAUCAUCUCGCAAGCAAGACCAUACGUGGCUCCCUUUGUUAAACCGUCACUACCAUACGUCCGGAAGCCCAAGACCAGGUUCCAAAAGAUGACCGGUCCCUUGGCCGUCAUUCCCAUGAUGUUCACCGAAUCCGUCAAACACGGCCUCUUGAUUGCCGACAUCCUCGGAUGGCUUCCUGAUGGUAUCCGCCGUGUAUUGAGUGACGAGACGGUAGCAGGAGACUCCCUCACGCUGGUACCAGAGAUCAGCCUUGCGGAUUGGCGACGACUCUUGAAGAAUCCAACCGAAGAAGAAGUCGCUUUCUGGAUGAUGCGCGGGCAAAGGUCCGUCUGGCCGGCUCUGUGUGCAUUGAAGACGCGCUGUUUGCUCGAAUUUGCACUGGAUCAGGCAUGUGACGCUCUCAAGUAUCCGAACCAGAAGAAAUACCCGCCACUGUUGAUGGGGCGAUUGCAUGCUUCGUUGACGCCGCCUGCGAAUGCGGACACACCGCUUUUGAUGUUGAAUUCGGGCUCGCUCGCGGACGAUGCUUCGGAUGAUGCGUAUUUGGUUGAGGGGCCUGAACGAAGGCGAAGAAAGGUGCCGAGACUUUCUGAUGCUGCUGAGACGUUGUCGACUGCCUUCCGACCGACCACCAGUGGAGGCCGUGUAGAGAAUUAG